AUGCCUUCUUUCGUCACUUCUGAAGUGUUCACCUGCAGCCACGUUCUGGAGACGAAGCACAGGUCUUUCGGUAGCGACGAGUCCACCAUCGUCGACACGAUCCCCAUUCCCAUGCGGUGCCUCAUGUGUGUAUGCCAAUCCACCCUGGAUUCGUCUCUCGGUGGCCUGAGCGCCGUGCCGAGAAGCUGCAUGCGGGAAUUGGCAGCGCACUUCCAGAUGCUGAUGAGCAAGCCCGACGGGAUGAGACAUGAGCUGGAGACACUCAAGUAUCAGCUGCAGAAUGUCGACGACGUGACUAAGUUCCGGCGCGCAACGGUGGCUUUAGCGGGAUACCCUGGGGUGGGCGGUCGCUUUGUUCUCCAGUAUUAG